UUCAAACAGGUAGCCAGGCAUCAUGGCGGCCCUUGCCAGUGGAGAGGACGGCCGCUAUUUUGCCUGUUAUUCUUCCAUCGUAACUAAAUGAGGUAAUGGCGGAUAUAUCUAGCUAGCGGAUAUGAAAGCCUUGUCAUGUGGCUCCACUUAGUGACGUGUUAGGCUUACAAUAAGUGACAAAUAAAGCAGAUAUUGGCGGAUAAAUGGGGAAGGCUGCCUCCACCUCAGCUGAUAACAUAAGAUACAAAUGUAGAGGGACGAAAUAGAGAAGCAGGAAGACCACCACCACCACCACCACCACCACCAGCAGUGUGGAAGAAAGCUGGUGAUAAAACUCUCUCUCGCUCUCCCUCACUCUCCCACGCCACGGAAGCAGUGGAAUAAAGCACAGGAGGAGGAAGUGAGAGGAUAAUGAAGUUUGGAAGUUUGUGAUACGUAAGAAGGUUACAUAGCAAUGGCAACCCUCCGAUCCGGCAAGCAAGUUGGCGGCAGCGAUGGCAGUGGCGGUGGCGGUGGCAGUGGUGGUGAGGUGGACAGCAGGGACAGAGGGGCAGUACAGGCUGCGGACAUCAAGAAGAAGAACGCGCGGACAAGCAAGGUGGUAUUCGGCAGUCUGAUCCUGGACCUGCUCGGUUUCACGGUGUUGCUGCCUCUGUUUCCUGCUGUCCUUGACUAUUACUCCAAGCACGACUCCAGUGGCUUGUAUUCCUCUCUGCUCUCCUCUGUUACUUAUUACCAGCAUAUCAUCAGCAUCCCUGUGAGUUUCCAUUCUGUCUUGUUUGGUGACUACCCCAUCCCCUGCCUUCUGCCCUGCUCCACCCAGACACCAUGGCCCAGCAGCAACGCCAUUCCACCUGCUACAUGACGCUGGCUGAUGCACUCCUGACACGGCAGCGACAGGAGGCGGAGGGCAGGAGCAAGAGUCGGAUGGUGAAGGAAGGCAUGAUGGCAGAGGUGGUGGCUUUGGAGGGUGUUCGUGCAGGGUACCUCAGCAGGGUCUAGGUUAGAGCAAAUUGAUGAUGAGAGACUAGUGAGAAAGGUGUUUGUGUGUGUGUGUGUGUGUGUGUUUUUUUUUUUUUUUUUUUUUUUUUUAAUGUAGGAAUUAUUGUAUAUUUCAUAAAAAUAUCGUACGAAUUCCCAAAUUAUCGUAUUAUCGUAUGAAUCCUAUUGUACAUCGUAUACGGGCAAAAAUUAUUGUACUUGUACAAUAAUUAUCGUACGUCUGGCAACGUUGCACGACAUGCCUCGGCAGGUCCGUGCCAGAGGAUGCCACGAGGAGAUGACGCACUGAAAGCGCAGCACACUGAGCAAUAUCACCUAAGCGCGAUUCCCACCGUGGUGCGAGCCACUAACUGUUAGUUCCUCUCUCUAGAUUAACCUAACGUUCAAAACAAGAUCGCCACACUGUUCCAGUGUGAUGAUCUUGUUUUGAUUUUGAUGCCACAUAUGGCUCGUGAUCCCUCCUGAACCAGGCCAUUAGAUCGGCAAUUAUUGUAGAAGAAAAAAAAAAAAAAAACGGACAAAACAAGCAGAAAAAACGAACGGUGUUCUCCAAACUAAUUGCUCAUACAUCUGGGAAGCCACAUUCUCCCCAGAAACUCGUUCACAGCCUCAAUCAUCCUUUCAUAUGUCUCUACACAGUCCCAGCACCACCACUAUCCAUUCCCUUCCAUUCUUUCAUUCCUGUUAUGCCCUAACUCAGUCAGAAUAACUUGCAGCAUCGAUCUCCUGUCUCUUUCAUACCUCUCACACUCCAGCUUCACAUGUUCCCACAUUUCAUCUUCUCCCAUGUCACACAUCUGGCACGCUUUGCUGUAAUUCCUCGCUUUCACAUCUAUACACUGUGCUUAGCUCGGAAAAGAUCACCACCCAGGCUUCUAUCAUACCCCUUUUCAUACAUCGGGACCUCUUUCUCCUUGUAUCAUUCCAGAGUGUUCUUUCGUUCCAUCUCAUUCUUCCAUCCAUUCAGUCCCACACCACUUUUCUUUCCGUCUCUCUUCCAUUUUAUCACCUUCCAUUCAGUUCUUACUGUGUCCUCUUAUCGCUAUCCAUUCAUGCUCAUUUUGAUUCUUCUCAGCCAUUCUCAUCCCCCACAGUUUGCAAUCCACUCCAGUCUGUCAUUUUCAUGCACCUCUUCUUCCUCCAUUUGCUUCCACUUUCAUUAAACAGAUACGCCUUUCUUGCUACGCUUGCAUCAUCCAUUCUAUCAGGCCCAAUCUUGUAUCUAAGUGUCGCUUUUGUAAAUAUUUCCUUAAACGCUGGGUCCUGAACACCUUUGAUGUCUUAAGAAAUUGUCUUGAAGAAAUUUAUAGUAAUUUGGGCAAAAAAAAAAGAUGAAUUAUUAAGCAUCUUUAUUGACUUCAUUAAAGCUUUCAAUACAGUCAGACAUGAUCUAUUAUUACAAAAAUUAUACUAUUAUGAAAUUUGAGGCACUAAUCAUGAUUGGUUUCGUAAUUACUUAUAUCCAAAAGAACUAAGCCAAAUUUCUCAGUUCUGUAUCUGCACCUCUACCCAGCCAUUAUGGUGGUCCACAGGGAAGUGUUUUGGGUACAGUCCUUUCCCUUUUAUGCAUGACAUUACUCAUAUGUUUGCAAUUUUUUUAAACAAUUCUUUUUGUUGACAACUUUAUUGAUUACCGGUGAAAACCCUACUGAUAUGAUGCAUACACCAAACACUGACCUACAUUUUCCUUAAAUGGUGUAAUAAAUGAACAGUAAACCUAAAUAAAACAUU